CACAUCAGAAAGUGGGUGCCCAGUGUACUUGCCUUUCCCUCGCAGGGUGAUCUUACCAUCUACCUACCUACGUUCUCCAUCAGCCUCCUAUAAUGGCCGGAUCUACAAAGAGCUUGGUUAAAGGCAGCCCUGCUCCAGGCCCAGUACCUGAUGGAUCAAUUCGUGCCUACCUGAUGAGAUUCUGCCCAUUUGCACAGAGGGCAAAACUUGUCUUGGUUGCCAAAGGAAUCAAGCAUGAAGUUGUAUUUGUCAAUACACUGAACAAGCCUGACUGGUUCUUUGAGAAAAGCCCAUUUGGUUUGGUACCAGCUAUUGAGACCAGCAAGGGGCAGCUGAUCUAUGAAUCUGCGAUUGUAUGUGAUUAUCUGGAUGAGGUGUUUCCUGGGAAGAAACUCACUCCGGAGGACCCAUUUCAAAAUGCCCAACAGAAGAUGUUGCUGGAACAUUUUUCCAAGGCUUCAAGUUUGUUGUUUAAAAUUGUGGGGGCAAAAAAAAAUAAUGAAGACACAUCAGCGAUAAAGAAGGAGUUCCUGGAGAAGCUGAUUCAAUUUGAUCAGAUCGUGGCUAAACUGAACACUCCUUACAUUGGUGGCAGCAGCGUCUCUAUGGCUGACUACAUGAUGUGGCCCAUUUUUGAACGAUUUGGCAUUUUUGGAGUGGAAGACUGUUUGGAUAAAACCCCUCACCUCCACCAGUGGUACCAGCUCAUGUUGAAGGAUCCAGCAGUCCAGGCAACAAUUACUAAGCCAGAGGUUCUAGAAGGUUUCUUUAAACUUUACCUCCAGGGAAAUCCAGAAUCGGUAGACUAUGGCAUUUAAUAAUAGUGACCUUUUACAUUGAAUGGAAUGGCAUCAUGAAUAUGUUUGUAUUUUAAUAAAUACUUUCAGAAUGC